CAUUCGUCGAGCACGGACCUGGGAGAGUGCGUGCGUUUGUGUGUCUUGACUGCUUGUUUCUGUUUUUUUUUGGAGUUUCCAUCACGGAUUCAUCAGUAACGCCGCCAUCGCCGCCGGUCCGGUAAUGUGCAUCUGCGUUUCGUUCGCUCGUCUCUGUGCAGAUGAAUUAAUUGCUGAAAAUAUUUAGAGGCAAAUAUUCAUUGGAGCGACCACAAAUCCAAUUACACUUAACCAUAUUCAUAUUCAUAUUCAUUAUUCGUGGAGUGUUUUUGUGUAUAAUUACUUAAUUGAGCAUCGCGUUAAACAGAUCCCAGAAAGAGAAAAGGAUUUCCACUCCACAAGCCAUUAUAUCUUGGGCCAGAACAGUAACAGGAACAGAAACCAUCAAAAUUGAUUGCUUUAACAUGGACACGAAUUCGGUGAGUCCCCUGCCACCGCUGGAGGCACCAUUGGCCGUGUUGGACAGCGAGAAGACACCGCCGGGAACCCCGAACGGCAUUGAGAUGCCUCCACCGCCAGACGAGAAGCGCUAUGAGGAGGAUCCAGACAAUGCCUGGAACUGCUGCUCCUGGUGCGAGUACUUGCUGAUCGUGAUCCUUUCCACCAUUCUGCUGGUGGGAGUCCUGGUGCUGACCCUCUUCUGGGUGAUGUUCUAUCGCGAUGGCUUCGCCUGGUCGGAGAGCCCCAAGCAGCAGUUCAAUCUGCAUCCCAUCCUGAUGAUUGCCGGUUUCGUCACUCUCUCUGGAUUUUCCAUCUUGAUCUAUCGCCUGUGCCGGUGCGUGAAGCAUAUCUAUGUGAAGCUGAUCCACAUGUUCUUUCACGCCAUUGCCAUUCCGUGCAUCGCCCUGGGUUUCCUCUCCGUCUUCGACUCCCACGAGGCGUUGCAAAAGGUGAACUUCUACAGCCUGCACUCUUGGCUGGGUUUCGUGACUAUGGGCAUGUUUGUGCUGCAGUUUGUGAUCGGAUUCUUCAGCUUUCUGGUGAUGCUCUGCUGUGAGAACAAGACCUACAGCUGCCGCUCCGCCAUGGUGCCCAUACACGCCAGUCUGGGUCUGGCCAACUUCUGGCUGGCCAUUGCCACAUCUGUGACGGGUCUCAUUGAGAAGGAGCGCGAGACGGUGGCCGAGACGAACGUCAGCGCCGAAAAUAAGCUCAUUGAGCAUUACAUCACCAGUGCCAUUGGCAUCACUCUGAUCUUCAUCGGCAUCAUCGUCACCUUUGCGGUGCGACGGUCCAACGCUCCCGCCUCGGCCAAAGUCUACGUAACCGAACGCAUUUAGGAUGUCGGCUGCUCCCCAGCUGGCCCCAGCCAACCACAGCCAGUGCAGGAAGAGCGUCUCAAACGGAAAAUGUAUCCAAGGAUUAUCUGUGGUUCCGUUGUGGAUUCAGAGCUUUGAACCAAUGUCGUCCUAUUGAAAGGCUUAGCACAAACAGAUCACGCUUCUGCAUACUCUUUCUAGACAUACCUGUUAUAACGUUUUAUAUGCCAAAUUGAAUUCCCUUCAUAUACAUAGACUACUCUACUGCGUAAAUCAAAAACUUUUCUCACCCAUCCAAUGGCAGUUUAAACUCCUAAGUAGAUUUGUAGGUUUAGGAAUCUCAAAGCAAUCGCAUUACCACUUGGUAGACAGUGAAAGUACCCGACCAGAUCGAAUCAGAACCGACCAAACGCAGGCAACAAAUAAUCAAAAUUUAAGUGUUCAGCUGAAGUUGAUCGUACAUUACAAUACAUACAUACAUGAUUAGCCAUUUUUUUGGUACUAUAGUAGAAUUUUGAUAUAAGCCAAUGUAUGUAUUCAGCAGAUAAUACAACUAAUCUAUGUACUAUACCAGAUAAAGAGUACACUUUACACAUUUAUUGUAGAUUCAUAUUGUCGCAUUUGAUGUUUAUCAGUAUAAGCUGUAAACCAAUUUUACAAAUAAAUCAUACUUUCCCCAGUCCGGGGGUCU